GACGGCGGCGAAUAUGCAGUUUUUUUUAUUUCAAAAUUCAAACUAAAAUAGAAUUUAGGGUUUGUAAUGAUACAACGAUGAAUAUAAAUAAUCGCUUCUCCAAGAUAAUACAAACAGAGGAAAUCCUAACUUAGUACUACGAGGAGAUGGUGGUUAUGUAUGUGGAGAGACCACCGACUCUACAAGAGGUCAUUUCCGAUGACCUGAACAUUGAAGUCUGGUCGGUGAAGAUGAAAACCACUCUUACAGAGAAGGGACUUUGGGAUGUUGUCGCCAACAGAGUCCCGCCGGAUCCAUCGAAGAUUCCAGAGUUAGCAGCGACGAUUCAAGCCGAAGAGCUUUGCAACUGGAGAGAACUUGUGAGAGAAGACUUGAAAGCACUCCAAAUAUUGCAGUCAAGUCUCCCAGAUUCUGUUUUCAGAAAGACUCUCUCAGCUGCUUCGGCUAAGGAUCUUUGGGAUAUGUUAAACCAAGUACCUGAUCAUGUAGCUGAAUGUUUUGUUGGUGGGUUCACUGGUCAUUGGAAUAUAUGGUUGAUAAGCUCCAUUAACUCGAAUCAUAUGACUCCACAUGAGAGGUUUUUCACCUCUUUAGAUAGAUCAAAGAGAGCUAAGGUUAAAUUCACAUCUGGGGAUAAGACCAUCAUGGCAGAAGGAAUUGGAGAUGUGACUUUUAUUACUAAGGAAGGUAAUCAGACGAUCAAGAAUGUGCUUUAUGUUCCAGGGAUCGAGGGAAACGCGUUAAGUGUUUCUCAGAUGGAGAAGAGCGGAUUUGGAGUUGCUUUUGAUGAAAAAAGAUGCACUAUAUGGAAUAAGAAGAGUGGCAAGUGUUUUGGUAAAACCAUGUGGGAAAACAGAGGCUAUUGCUUGCGUUGGAAUGUUGUGAUUGAAGGUAACGAACAAGCAACGAUACGUAGAUUAGAGAAGCAAUUCGAAGAACUCAAAAGGAAUGAAAAAGAAUCUACCGAUUCAUACAUAGAUAGGAUUAUGGAAAUCGUUGGUGAGUUACGUGUUUUGAAAGUUGAGAAACCUGAGUACGAGAUUUGUAAGAAGGUGUUUGCUUCGCUCUUAGAGUCAUACGAUGAGAUACAAUCAAUGAUGGAGGAAAUCAUGAAUGUUCAUAAGAUGACUGCUGCGAGUCUUUGUCAGUAUUUCUUCCUUAAUGGAUAUGAUUUUGAUUCAGUGAAUGAGGAAGUUUUCCUUGGACUGUUGAAGAAUUUGAGGCUUAAAUCAAAGUCUAAGAAGUGGUGUGACUUGUGCUACAAGAUGACGUCGAGAGGCUAUUCAUUCACAGAGGGACGUGGAGGCGAAUGCAUUAUCCGCGAUCGGACUAAGGAUGAAUUUGGGGAAACUUUGUGGAUGUGGGAAGAGAAAGGAUUGGCUUUGCGUUUGAAGGUGAUUGAAGGUAAUCUCACCUCUUAAUGAGCUCUGUCUUGAACUUUGGUAGAAGACUUUAACACGUAAGAUGGAACGCUUAUGUCUCUAUGUGGUUUUUUAGUUUCGGUUUAUUAUGUUUUCAGUUUGUUCUUCUAGUUCAUAUUCUGCAAACCUAGGACGGCUUGUUACGUAUUAAUCAAGUUUUCAAGUACUAUUUUGUUCUUCACUAUGCAAUGCCUUUGUCAAAGUUUUGUUCAUGGUGAAAAUGAACAGAAAUGUUGGAC